AUGCGAGGUUCAGUACCCUCGCCUCGAGUCGCUUGGCUUCUCAGCCCGACUCCAUUACAGCGGCAAGCUCCGCAUGCGAGGUUCAGUACCCUCACCUCGAGUCGCCUGGCUUCUCAGCCCGACUCCACUAUAGCGGCAAGCACCGCAUGCGAGUACCCUCGCCUCGAGUCGCCUGGCUUCUCAGCCCGACUCCACUAUAGCGGCAAGCACCGCAUGCGAGGUUUAGUACCUUCGCCUAGAGUCGUUUGGCUUCCCAGCCCGACUCCAUUACAGCGGCAAGCUCCGCAUGCGAGGUUCAGUACCCUCGGCUCGAGUCGCCUGGCUUCUCAGCCCGACUCCACUAUAGCGGCAAGCACCGCAUGCGAGCGGCAAGCACCGCAUGCGAGGUUUAGUAUCCUCGCCUUGAGUCGCUUGGCUUCCCAGCCCGACUCCAUUACAGCGGCAAGCACCGCAUGCGAGGUUCAGUACCCUCGCCUCGAGUCGCCUGGCUUCUCAGCCCGGCUCCACUAUAGCGGCAAGCACCGCAUGCGAGGUUCAGUACCCUCGCCUCGAGUCGCCUGGCUUCUCAGCCCGACUCCACUAUAG